AUGUCAGAGAUUAAUCUGGCUAAUAUAAAAAAUCAAUAUUCAAACAAUAGUAUAACUAAUUUAGUACCAGAUUUUGAAUUUACAACAUUAACAUACAAAAUUAGUUUGGGUUUUAUUUUUAUUUGUCUUUGUUUCUUAACAAUAACUGGCAAUCUUCUCGUACUCGUUACAUUUCGUCGUAUGCGGACAGUGAGUCUUUUUCUAUGUCAGAUUUGGCUUUCAGUUGAUUUUACUGCUUCAACAGCAUCAAUAUUUAAUUUGCUCACAUUAAGUUUAGAUCGUUAUUGGUCAAUAACAUCUCCACUCCAAUAUCUUGGUAAACGAACACGACCACGAGCUUUAUUAUUAAUUGGUUUUGCUUGGGGUUUAUCACUUCUAUGGGUUAUACCUAUAUUUGGUUGGCAUCGUUUUGUUAAUAAUGGUACAAGAAAUAUCGAGUCUACAAAAUGUGAACCUGAAUAUACACAUUCAAAAGUAUUUAAAGUAUCAACAGCUAUAAUUAAUUUUUAUUUACCACUUUUUGUUUUAAUAUCAUUAAAUGCUCGUAUUUAUUAUGAAAUAAAGCGACGUUAUAAAAGUGUUCUUUUACAAAGACAUUCAAAUCAAAUAAAUGAAAUCUCAAGUACUCAUAGAUUAAAUCCACCAACAAGACAUACUCGUACACCAGUAACUAUGACAAUAUGUGAUAGUGAUAAACAAUUAUGUUCAACAUCAAUAAAUUUAGCUGAAAAUGAUAGUUUAAUUACAUCAAAACGUACACCUAUUCAAAAUGAAAAUAAUUCAACAUUACGUAUUAAUUUUAAAGAGAAAAAAAAUCGAUCUAUUAUACCAAAUCAAAUUCCAAUUAGUCGACGAUCAUCUUUAAAACGUGCAUAUUCAGUUGUUGAAACAAGUCCUUAUACACAGGAUCGAUAUACAUGGUGUACUAAUCAUCUUGAACAUUCAGGUUCAUCAUUAAAACCAACAUCACCAUUAAAAUUACGUCCAUAUCGUUCGAGUUCAAAACAUCGUCUUAAUGUUGAUGAACGUUGUUUAAGACAUACACAUGAUUAUCAUUCAUGUCGAAUUUAUUCUAAUGAACAAUUCGGAAUAAUACAUAAACGUCCUAAUGAUUCAUAUAAUUAUCAUAGAACACAAUGUCGUCCAUCAUCUCGUAUUAUAACAAAUCGAACAACAUUUGUAUGUCGACGUUGUUCAUUAUCAGAUACAUUAAGAGCAUCAACAACAAUGAAUAUAUUUAAUUUAUGUCAUUGUUGUUCAGCAGCUACAUCUGCUAUAACUAUUCAUUCAAAUCUAGAACCUUAUAAUAAUACCACAAAACUAUCAUCCUCAUCAAUAUCAUCAUUAACAAGUCGAAAACCGAAUGCAAUGUCUUCUUAUAAUUUAGAAAGAAAUAGUACAUCAUCAAAUGUAUUACUUCAUCCGAAUUCUAAUUUCAAUCGUCGUACAUCAAACAAAGUAAAACAAUCAACUAUAUGGAAUCAACAGGAAAAAGCAUUUCGACAAUUAUUUGCCAUUGUAUUUGGUUUCACAUGUUGUUUUUUACCAUAUUUUAUUUUAUAUAUGGUUGUUGCUUUUUGUGGUUCAUGUGUAUCUGAACGCAUUGUGACAGCAACAAUAUGGCUUGGUUAUGUUAAUUCCACAAUAAAUCCAUUUUUAUAUGCUUUAUCAAAUAAACAUUUUCGACGAACAUUUAAUCGUAUUUUAAAACGAGAUCAUCGACGACAAUCAUAUUAUAAUUAA